AUGUUGCCAUUGAGAGCUUCUCGAAUUCCCGUACUUGCACUAGCGAGGCCGGGACACCAAAGGAUACUGCUAUCAUUUCUGUCACAAAAGCUAGGCACUACUAGAUCUUGCGCUUCGCAUACAUCAAAACCCGUACCUGGAUCGCCACCCACACCUUCUGCAGUAGCGGACCAAGCAGCACCCGACCACCGAACCCUCGGCGUCAGACAGGAACUCUUUACGACAUCAAUAUACUCCCCCGGCUCCCCGAUAUUUCUUCCUAAUGGCACUCGGAUUUUCAACCGCCUCGUCGAGUUCCUACGCAAACAAUAUGUCCGCUAUGGCUUCCAAGAGGUGCUCACCCCGACCAUUUACAAGAAAGCCCUUUGGGCAAAGUCGGGCCACCUCGAAAACUACUCAGACGACAUGUACACCGUGACCAGCACCUCACCAUCUCGAGCCGAUUCGACCGGAGACAGCGAGGCAGACGAGUAUGGCCUCAAGCCCAUGAAUUGCCCCGGCCACUGCCUCAUAUUUGCCAGCCAGCUUCGCAGCUACAGAGACCUACCGAUUCGCUAUGCAGACUUUAGUCCCCUGCACAGGAACGAAGUCUCUGGCGCGUUGAGUGGGCUUACUCGCGUGCGUCGCUUCCACCAAGAUGACGGUCACAUCUUCUGUCGGCCUUCACAAAUCGAGGAGGAGAUCCGACAGACGCUAUCGUUUGUCAAGACAACAUACGAUAUACUCAAGCUGGGGCCAUAUAGGCUGGUGCUUUCUACACGGCCGGAGGACCAUUAUAUCGGCGAACUGGCAGAAUGGGAUCAGGCCGAGACGGCACUCAAGGCUGCACUUGAUUCCCUCGGUGAGCCCUGGACGUUGAAUCCCGGUGAUGGUGCCUUUUACGGCCCCAAGAUAGACAUCAUUCUGCAAGAUUCGGAUGGCAAGGAGCACCAGACGGCGACAGUUCAGCUCGACUUUCAGCUUCCCAAGCGGUUCGAACUCGGCUAUCAAGCACCGCCUCCCGAGAAUGGCGACCCUAAUUCGACGGUCCUUCUUGAAAGGCCUGUCAUGAUUCACCGUGCAGUCCUUGGCUCUGUCGAGAGGUUGAUGGCUCUACUUGUCGAGCACUACAAUAGCAAAUGGCCUUUCUGGCUAAAUCCCCGUCAGGUCAUGGUUGUGACGGUGAAUGACACGGCACAUGUCGUGGACAAGGCCUUCGCAGUCAAAAAUCAACUGCUCGGGCAGAAAGAGGGCGAAGUUGCGGCGGCAUCUCAGUUAGCGAUCGACAUCGAUGACAGCGCCCGCUCGUUGCCGCUCAAAAUAAGAGAAGCCAAGUCCAAGGGCUACGGUGCUAUCAUCACUGUCGGAAAUAGCGAGGUCGACUCCGACAUAUUACCCAUCGACAUGUCUGCAAUGCCAGACAUGACUUUGCCAGACGGAACCUCGUCCAAAACGCACAAACGACCCGUCAAGCUAGACAUUGCCUCGAUUAGCAGGCUCUUACGAGGCUCAGUAGAAGCAUACCAAUAA